AUGGCCAGUCUGACUAAUGAUGGAAGGUUGGUGCUGAAAUUUGUGAAGAAGAACAUAUUUUCUAGAUUUAGUACACCUAGAGAGAUAAUUAGUGAUGAAGUUGAUGUGUCCAACCGAGAGAUUAAGCAGCUACUUCAAAAGACCGUGAGUAGGCAGAGAAAAGAUUGGGCUGAGAAGUUAGAUGAUGCACUUUGGGCUUACAGAACUACAUACAAAACGCCCAUUGGGACAUCCCCAUAUCGCUUUGUUCAUGGUAAAGCAAGCCAUUUUCCUGUGGAGCUGGAACAUCAAGCAUAUUGGGUUGUGAAAAAGCUGACACUUGAGAUGAUUGCCGCUGGGGAGAAACGGUUACUGCAGCUGAAUGAGCUUGACAAGUUUAGGUUUCACGCCAAUGAAAAUGCCAAACUAUACAAGGAGAAGACCAAGAGAUGGAACGAGAACCUUGAUGGAGAAAGGAAAGAUUGGAAGAUGAUGAACAUGGGUACAAUGUCGAGUAGCCACCAACAAAGAAGAAAAGGGAAAAAUAAAGCUGGACCAUCUGAGCCCAAGCAUAAGUGGACUCGUGAAGCUGAUCGGGUGCCUGCAGCCCCACAUAUUCCUAAGGGUCAAAAGAGGUUUGGAGCUAAGGUUGUGGUUGCGGCAGGAUGA